AUCCCGCCCGUCUCCCUGCCACCAUGGCUGCUGGUGCUGCUUGUUGAUGCUUACUGACGCUGCCGAUGCCGCUGCUACUCUCAGGCUCUCGUCUGUGUAGUAGGGAUUCGGGAUGAUCUUUCGGGUUUUAUUUCGGUUUCAAUGCUUAUAUUUUAUAUUGCCGGAGUUUCUUUUCGACGGUGGUGAAGAGGAUGUCCAUUUCAUUUAGUGUAUUUAUUCUCAGCACGUCUCUACUGCUGUUGUCCGCUGAGGAUUCGUUCGCCUUCAGUCGCCCUGCGGAAUCGGCCGCGUUCGCGCUCUUCUCUUCCGGGGUUUCUCUCUUGAUAUUCAGCUUCGUCGUUUCCACCGGUCGAACGGCUAAAGAUGACCGGACGUGUCCCGAUACUCCGUUUUCAGACUUUCUCUUGGACACUCGCUCCAGAGUACCCUUACGCUCCGACGCGGCGGAAAAGCUACGGAGGCUAACGGGUGCGAAAAUACGGCAAACAUGGAUUGUAAUUAUGUUUGCAGUGGCCGCCUUGUGCCUACGAGUGGAGCUUUAUCGCCAAUCAGUGACACGUUCUCACUGCGGCUCGAUAAGCAGUUUGACUUUUAUGCCUCUCGUGUUGGCCGUAUACGAGUAUUUCCUCAGCAAAACUCGGUCAUCCGGCGACCAGACAUUCUCGGACAAGAUCCAGAAAAAGCACUUCAACUACAUCUCCUCCACGGUCUUGCUAGCAAUCGCCGGUAUUCUUACCGCGGCCUUGAAGUAUGGACGGGAGAGCACCUUUAUAUGUCCCUCCCUGGGACAUGAUUCAGGAAUAACGCUUUCCUUCCAGCUUCUGGCUGUCGUUCUUGAGAUCAGUCUUGCUUUGGCCCUGGAAUCGUUGGUUAGUUGCGCCGCUCGCGGUCUAGAUGGCACAGCUUGGCAGGUGUCGACGCUCUGGGGAACCGUGUUAUUGGCGGCCGGGGUCAUCCGAGCGGUAAUCGAAGUCAUAAUACUUAAAGUAUCCAAUUCCCCAAUGCUCCCGCCCCUGUCGGCAUCUUACGUUGAGGAUACACUAAGGCAAAGCGCACUGAUUGCAAUUUCCUGCGUUGCCGCAUCCAAGGCUGUUUCCCAUGUUACUAUUUUAACCUUAUCUUUUGUUUUCUCUUUUAUUUCCACAUAUGUAUCUCUUCUGCCAUAUAUCUGGAUUGUUUCUUCCCCAUUCCCCCCGUUGGAUGUCUCUAAGGCGGUUCUCGCCGCAUUUCUCAUACAUACUGCUGGAUACCUGUAUCCCAGGUCAAGUUUUUCUUCCAUGUCCGAUGGGAAGAGAAUCCCCCGACUUAACGCUUGUCUGCGUUGGAUGAUCCUAGUAUCGCUUGGGGUGUUCCUAACUUUAGCGUUUUCACACAAUAAUGUCACAGCCUAUCAUCCAAUCAGUAUCCUCAUCUCCGGUGCGAAACGAGAGCAUGAAAUAUGGAUACAAAAAGCUAGUAAUAGCAUGAACCUCAAGGAAGCUGUUACUGAAUAUCGAAGACGCUACCACCAGGCUCCGCCUCCAGGCUUUGAUUUAUGGUAUGAAUAUGCCACAAAUCGGUCGUCGCCAAUAAUUGACGACUACGACCAGGUCUACGACGAUCUUCUUCCAUUCCGGGCCCUCACGCCGAAGCAUCUGAGAGAACUAGUACUCUUGAUGACAAGCGACCAAUGGAAUGACGUAUCGGCAGUAAACAUCCGAGAUGGAAAGGCUGAGGCCCAGGCAGAUAUAAAACCGACUCACCGGUGGAUGAUCGAGGGUAUCGCUCUGAUGAUCGAACCAUUUGCCCAUCAUCUCCCGGAUAUGGACAUUGCCUUUAAUCUCAAUGACGAGUGCCGGGUUGCUGUGCCUUGGGAACGGCUUCACUCGAUGCAGCAUUCUGCGCAUGUCCAGAUUUCCUCUCCACGAGAGAGCCUUGUAAAUACGUGGUCUGAAAAUCGCGCGCAGGGAUGGGUCCGUAGUGAAAUACCGGGUCGCUCUUCGCAAAGACUUUUUACCGACUAUGCCUUUGAGACAACAUACGAUCCCAUUGGUCGCUCCCUGUGCCCACCAACGUCCAAGGCUCGUACAGCAUACAUAUGGGAUAAACAAACGCUGUGUACCACAUGCGCCCGACCCCAUUCUCUCGGCCAAUUUCUCCGACGGUGGGAAUUAUCCGGUGAUAUCUGCCAUCAGCCCGACCUGGCCUUUAUGCAUGGGUUCUUCUUAUCGCCAGCGUCACUCAAGGUUUCGCGGAAGCUUCUUCCUAUCUUCAGCCAAAGUAAGGUUUCCGGUUUUAACGAUAUCCUCUAUCCGAGUUCCUGGAAUUACCUGGAUAAGGCGAAAUAUGCUCCUUCCGACGAGUUCCCGGAUCCUCUGUACUCUGAAAAGGAGCCCACCGUCUUCUGGCGGGGUACCACAUCCGAAGGUGGAAGCCGACAUGGGACGUGGAAAGGCAUGGUUCGGCAGCGUCUCAUCCACCUCGCCAAUAACCACACUUCUAAGCACGUCUCUGUCCUUCUCCCAGCUGAAAAUAAUGGGAAAUAUGCCUACAAAACGUUCCGAGGAUCGGAACUACUCCCCUCCCUUGGCCUGAAUACGUCCAUAUUCAUCGCCGAAUCCGUAGCCCGUUGUGGUAGAACAGAUUGCAGUGCACAGACCUCUGAGCUCGGCACCGUUCCUCGCACGGAUUUCCAAAACCACUGGAAAUACAGAUUCCUCUUUGACAUGGAUGGCGCCGGGUUUAGCGGACGCUUUCUCCCGUUCCUCAGGAGUCGCAGCUUACCAUUCCGCACUGCACUGUUCCGUCAGUGGCUGGACUCACGUCUUACGCCGUGGUUGCAUUUUGUCCCCCAGGAUCUGAGGUUGCAUGAUUUUUACAGCACGUUGGCAUAUUUUGCGGGCGCAAGGGAACUUGAUGAAAAUGGGAAAACGAGGAAGACGAUCAUGAAAGCACAUGAACAUGAAGGGAGGCAGAUUGCCGAGGAAGGGAAAAAAUGGGCGGAAAAAGCGCUCAGGAAAGAGGAUAUGGAGAUAUAUAUGUUUCGUUUGCUGCUGGAAUGGGCUAGGCUAACCGAUGACCGGAGGGAUGAGUUAGGGUUCUCCAUGUGAGGGUUGAAAAUUUUUGACAUGACGGCUUUUUGAUCGGAUUUGAUGGAUACAUAUUUUGACACUAUUUGGAUAAUUUUUUUUCUUUUACCACCAUCAUCAUCAUCAUUAUUAUUAUUAUUAUAUUUGUUUAUAUUAUUUAGCUCUUAUUUUGGAAUUCAUCUGGACUGUGCGGAGAA